GGCGCCUUACCUUGAGGACAGCUCGCCCGUAAUCUUGCCAAUAGUAAGGACUGUGACCUCGCCUCCGCUCUAUUCACCAGCGACUGUGCCAGUAGUAAAGAUGGCACCCGGAGUUCAGGUCGGCUCGUCAAGAACCGUCGAGGGCGGUGAUCUCAUUUCCUCUCGUACUUCCGGACGGUUUCCAUGAUCACAGCGUACGCGCAGAAAGAAAAUUUUAUCACAAAUGACGGAUAAUGAGUGGAAUUAAUAUAUAGUCAAUCAAAUCAGAUCUUUGUUAAAAGUCUGUUUAUUUCGCCCACAUUAUUAGUGACAAUGACACUGGUGCAGAUAAAGGAUGGAGAGUAUACGGCGACCAUUUAUAAACUGAUCCGAGAUGGAAGGUAUGGAGAGGCCAUUCAUGUUCUCAACAAUGAACUACAGAAACACUCAAAAUCUCGGGCAGCACUCUCUCUCUUGGGAUAUUGCUACUAUCAAAUGCAAGACUUUUCGAAUGCUGCAGAGUGCUAUGAACAAUUGGUACAGAUUCAUCCAGAAGUAGAUGACUACAAACUCUACCACGCACAAUCUCUAUACAAGGCUUGCAUGUAUACAGAGGCCAUGAAAGCAACUUUUCUAAUUGAUAAUCCCGUUUAUCAAAUUAAGGUGUUGAAACUACAAGCUGCAAUUAAAUAUGGUGAAGAAGACCUUACAGGAGCAAAGAGCCUAGUAGAGCAGCAGCCAGCUGAUGAUCCAGACACUGAGAUUAACUUGGGAUGUUUGCUAUACAAGGAAGGACACUAUGAAGAGGCCUGCAAAAAAUUUACCACGGCCAUGCAGGUUGUGGGCUACAAACCAGAUUUGACCUACAACAUUGCCCUCUGUUAUUAUAGCAUGAAGCAGUAUGCACCUGCUUUGAAGUAUAUUGCAGAAAUAAUAGAGCGUGGAAUCAGGGAACACCCAGAGCUCAGUGUUGGAAUGACAACUGAAGGGAUUGAUGUGAGAAGUGUUGGAAACACACUGGUGCUCCAUGAAACUGCAUUGAUUGAAGCUUUUAAUUUGAAAGCAGCUAUUGAAUAUCAGCUUAAGAACUAUGAAGCAGCACAAGAGGCAUUGACAGAUAUGCCUCCAAGAUCUGAAGAGGAACUUGACCCAGUCACUCUUCAUAACCAAGCCCUGAUGAACAUGGACUCCAAGCCAACCGAGGGUUUUGAAAAACUGCAAUUCUUACUCCAACAGAAUCCUUUUCCACCAGAAACCUUUGGCAACCUACUUCUUUUGUACUGCAAAUAUGAAUAUUUUGACUUGGCUGCAGAUGUUUUGGCUGAAAAUGCUCAUCUUACAUACAAGUUUCUCACACCGUAUUUGUAUGAGUUCCUGGAUGCCAUGAUAACCUGUCAGACAGCACCAGAAGAGGCAUUCAGAAAAUUUGAUGAAAUGGCUGGUAAACUCACUGAACAGUUACGAAAAUUGACAAAACAGGUACAGGAAGCAAGGCAUAAUCGAGACGAUGAAGCUGUGAAAAAGGCUGUAAAUGAGUAUGAUGAAGCACUUGAGAAGUACAUUCCAGUGCUUAUGGCUCAGGCCCGAAUCUAUUGGAACUUGGAAAACUACCAAAUGGUUGAGAAAAUCUUCCGAAAGUCAGUGGAGUUCUGCAACGAGCACGAUGUUUGGAAACUGAAUGUUGCCCAUGUUCUCUUUAUGCAAGAGAACAAGUAUAAAGAGGCAAUAGGCUUCUAUGAACCAAUUGUGAAAAAACAUUACGAUAACAUCUUAAAUGUGAGUGCCAUUGUCCUUGCAAAUCUCUGUGUUUCCUAUAUAAUGACCAGUCAAAAUGAAGAGGCAGAAGAAUUGAUGAGGAAGAUUGAAAAGGAAGAGGAGCAGCUAGCAUAUGAUGACCCAGAUAAAAAAAUUUAUCACCUUUGCAUUGUUAAUCUUGUAAUAGGGACUUUGUACUGUGCUAAAGGAAAUUAUGAAUUUGGCAUUUCAAGAGUAAUAAAGAGCUUGGAACCAUACAACAAAAAGCUUGGAACAGAUACUUGGUAUUAUGCCAAACGUUGCUUCUUGUCUUUACUGGAAAAUAUGGCAAAACACAUGAUUAUGCUAAGGGACACCGUUAUACAGGAAUGUAUUCAGUUUCUCGAGCACUGUGAAAUUUAUGGCAAGAAUGUACUAGCGGUGAUUGAACAACCCUUAGAGGAACAAAGACUGCAUACAGGAAAGAAUACAGUUACAUACCAGGCACGACUGUUGAAGUCACUCAUUUAUGAGAUCAUCGGAUGGAAUAGCUAA